AUGAGUGAAAUAGAAAAAAAAUUAGUAAUAAUAGGAAAAAAUGAGAUAUUAGACUGGGUAAACAAUACUUUUAGCACCAGUUUAUCUUGGAGUGAUUUCCAGGAUGGCUCUAUAUUCCUCAAACUCUGCUUUAUAGUGUGGCCCAAUUUAAAGAAUAAAAGAAGCCAAUUUGCAAGUUUAAAAGACCCUUGGGAACAAAUUAAAGCUAUUUUCUAUACAGUGAACGCUCCCUUUGAAGAUAUAUUUGAUAAGAGUGGAGUUGAAAAUGGGAAAUUUUGUUCUAUUUAUAAUUCACUUGUUGCACUAUUUUUUCUAUAUCAUUGUGCAUUUCAACAAGAAUCAACAUUUGAAUUUUCACCACCACCUAGUAGAAACAUAGCUAAAUUCUUGUCUGGUGAUGCCUCAGUAAAAUCACUAGUUAUUGGGGGGAGUUUACAGUUAUCUCCUAGAACCCAACUACGUCUUUUUGAAAAUGAUACGGUUCCAACUAUGAAGUUAGAUAAUAUGAUAAAAUUUUCUACUACAGAAUCUACUUUGCCAUCUUCAAAUUCUACUAACAGUAUAGAUGGACCUAUAAAUAAUCCAGUACAUGAAAAUAAAUACUUUUCAGGUAUAGAUAGCUAUAUGGUUGAAUUAGUUGAACAAAUUAAAACUUUUUUUAGUAACUUAGGUGAACGGUUACUUGAAUCAGAAAAGUGUGGUUUACCAAAUGAAAUAGAUGAUUUUGCAUCACAAGUUAGAAGUUCUCUAGAGUAUUGUACAAGGCAAUUUAUUCGACAAAAAGAAGAAUAUACUUUACUCAAACUUAUGCAUGAAAAUCAAAUAAAACAUUUGGAAGAAGAGUACACGAAAAAGAUCGAAACAUUAAGGUUUGAAUACGAGGAAAAAAUUAGAGAAGUAGAACAUGAAUCUCAAUUGAUGUUAGUGCGUGAAAAAAAAAAUUCUCAAAAUGCCUUAAGAGCCUUACAGAGUAAUCAUGCAAUGAGUAUUCAAGUAACAUCUGUAAAUGCAGAGCUAUCAGAUAAUAGCGAUGAUCCUAGUAAAAAUGUAGAUUCAUACAAAGAUGUUUUAUGUAAAUUAAAGAAAUUCAAAAAUAUUAUGAGUGAAGAAACCAAAAAGAGAGAUGAAAUAGAGAAAGUAUUAACAAAUGAAGUCAAUCGCUUUCAAACACAAAAUAAGUAUUUUAGAAAACUCCUUUAUGAUGACAUUCUAAAUAAAAAUUCAAAAAUGCCAUAUUAUAUUUUUAUCAAGGACUAUUGUGACAAACUUAUAGGAAUUUAUACUAUGGCAGAAGAUUGGUGGAAAGCAAUCUCAUGUUGCUCAGAUAUCAGUCAAAGACAGGAAAGAAGAGAUAUAGAUUAUACAAUAGAAAAAACAAGAAUUGACGAAGUCCUUGUUGGAAUUAAACAAAUAUUAGAUAAAUAUCAGAAGUAUCCAAAGUCAUUUAAAAAUAUUGGUGCUGAUUUAAACAACGAAAAUCCAAUAUUUAGUCUUGAUAUUAUUAUUCACAGUAAUCAAUUGGUAAAUGCAUGUCUAAAAGUAAUAUGUGACUUAAUUGCAGAUAUUGUACUGAAGAGUAAUCGUAUAGAACAAUUAAAAGAUAUAACAAACAAUUUGUUUAAGGAGACUAAGAUGGGUGGAACUAACAAAGGUGCGUGCUAUUGUAAUAGUAAGGAUAUUAUCGGAGGUUUAUAUGGCAGUAUCAUUUGUAUUGAAGAAAGAAAGGGGUUAAGGGAAAAGAUUCAUACUUUGGAACAGGAAAAGGAUUUAUUAAGAUGUGGAAUUGAAUAUUUUAAAAAGAAAAUGCAGUUGAUUGAGAAAAAAAAAGUGUCAAUCAAUCUGGAUAUUUCUAAUAAUGGUGAUAUUGAAAAUAUAGAAGAUAACAGUGAAUCUAUAGAUGAUAAACACAUUAAUGAGGUUAAUUUAGAUGAACUCUGGGACAUUUCAGCAUACCUAAGUGAAGAAAGUUUAGAUGAGCUGGGAAUUAUGAGUGAAUUCCUAUAUAUUAUAGAUAAAUGGAAAAAAGUUAUAUCUAAUGAUUCUGAUCCACCAAUUGUUUUGAAUAAACCUGAUGAAACAUUAACAAUAGAUAUUCAUAACAGAGAUAUAGCUUAUAUAAAUGAGGAUCAUAUUGAAGUAAUUCCAUUUUUGUUGGAACCAAACAAUCUUUUGAAUAUUGCACUUGGGGAUUAUAAAGGCGAAGAACUGAGUGAAUACGAUAAAGAGCAUUUAAUAUUAGGUGAAAUGGAAAAUUUUAGUAUGAGAAAUAAUUCACCCACUACAUAUCCUGUUUCAUUAAUAAAUUUAGAGAGGAUAUUUUGGAGAAUGGUGACGUGCUUAUAUGUAUUGCGUGAUGAAUAUAAUAAUUUGAAGGAUCAUAAUGAGAGAAUUGAGAAAAAAUUGGGAGAAGCUCUUAUGGAUAUUCAAAAAGAAAGAAUUGAAAAUUCUGAAACAGUAAAGAAUUGCCAAGAAAAUUUUUAUCAGUGCUUACUUAAAGAGCGACAGGAUUUUUUACAACAAACAUCAAAAUUGAAAGCUGAAGUGGUCAGUUUAAAGAUUAAAAAUAUGUUAGAAGAUAUACAAGUGAAUAUUCAGCAUAAAGUUCAUAAUAGAAUUAAUAGUAUCAAAGAUGAUAAUAAUAUAAUUAUUUUGUUGUCUAAAUCACUAGAAAUUUCGAAUAUUUAUCGUAAUUUAUAUCAGUUACGAGAUGACUUAUGGUCAAAAUUUUAUGAACAUAUAAAGCAAAAAAAUAUGAACUUAUUUGAUGAUGAAAUAAAUUCCUUAUUAAGUGAAUUACAAGGUAUACAGGAGUAUUUAGAUGAAUUAGGAUGUUCUAGGAAUGAUGAGAAUGCAAAUAGUCCUGAUAGCAGUGAAUUUGACAAAAAUAUUAUAAAGAGUCCUCAAAUAGAAGAUGUUCUAUUAAGUUUUAUAUCAACAAUAAAGAAGGGUGAGUUGCCUGCAAAUUGGUUUAAAGUACUCACAGAUAUAGCUGACAAAUUCAAGAGGGAGCUUGGUGAAAAAUUAGAAGAUAUGACAAUAGAAAAUGCGGAAUUAAAAAGUUGUAUUGACAAAUUGAGAAGUGAACUUAAUAAUUACAGUGAAGAAUUUGAAAAACUGAACUCGCUUGUAGAUUCAUUUAAACUGAAAAACAGCUUACUAGAGUAUAAGGAACAAGAGAAUUUUAGGGAGAUAUCUGAAUUGAAGAGCAAUAAUGAAGUCUAUCAAAAUAAAAUAAAACAACUAGAUAAGUUAUAUAAUAAUAAAUUGCAAAUUUAUAUAAAAAAAACUAAUUAUAUGGAAAAAAUAUUUUCUUUUAGCGUGAAAUACAAUGUAGAUAUUCAACGUUUUAAAUAG